UUUUACUUGAGCUAGGGUUUAAAUCAUUACUGUAAAUUUCUUCCAAAUAAGCUUUUAGAAAGAUCGUGUUUUUUUUUUAUCUCACAAUGUAAGCUCCAACUUUUACACUGACAUUGAAUUUCUUUCUCCAUUGAGUUGAGUGAGUAAGUUAGCAAACAAGUCAAAGCUCUAAAUAGCAGUCGAACUUAUACUUUGCAAGCUUGAACAUGUUGAUCACAGAUGACCAAUUUUCCUUAAAUUUCGUCAUGGAUGUGAUCUAGCUUAGUUGGUAGAAGAGUAUCAGUGGGUGGGGGUGGUACUCAAUAGGGAUAUUGAAUCUAGUCUAUAUCAGUCCGCUUACUUGGUCUCUACUCUCUACUGCUAAAAAAAUAAAUUGAAGAUUCCUUAAAAUUUUCAGGGAUUUGACAGAUGUCGGAAUCUGAGGCAGGAGUGUGGAAUAACGGCGGUAAUGUAGUGAUGCAGAAGGCAUCGGUGUUCCCACCGCAGCCGGUGAUACAGAGCUUGCAUCUUGCUUUUGGGGACGACGGGAGUGCUGUGUACAAGCCGGUAGCCGGUAACGGCAAUGCCGAAGGAAUGGGAAUGGGAAUGGCAAUGGCAAAGAAGAAGAGAGGUAGGCCUAGGAAGUAUGGUUCAGGAGGUGCCAUGUCUCAGUCGCCUUCUGGAAGCUUCCCUUUGUCGUCACCGCCGCUGCUGCAUCAUCAUCAUCAGCAGCAGCAGCUGUCUCCACAACCUCAACAACAGCCGCCACCACCACAACCGAAGCCAUCGGAACCACAGGCUGCUGUUGUAGCGGCUGGAUCACCGACAUCGAUGAUGAAGAAGUCUAGAGGCCGACCCCCUGGUUCUGGAAAGAGAAGCCAGUUAGAGGCUAUUGAUCCUCCUGGAAUUGGUUUUACUCCACAUGUCAUUACUGUGAAUGCUGGCGAGGAUGUAGCAUCUAGAAUCAUGUCAUUCUCGCAAACCGGGCCAAGGGCUAUCUGCAUUCUUUCUGCAAAUGGUGCCAUAUCAAACGUGACCCUUCAUCAAGCGGCGACCUCUGGUGGCUCAGUGACAUAUGAGGGGCGUUUCGAAAUUUUGUCACUCUCAGGUUCAUUCAUGCUUUCUGAUAGUGGUGGUCCACGUAGCAGGACUGGUGGUUUAAGUGUUUCCUUAGCUGGGCCUGAUGGGCGUGUCUUAGGAGGUGGUGUCGCUGGUCUCUUAACUGCAGCGUCCCCAGUACAGGUUGUGGUCGGCAGUUUCAUUGCAGAAAGUCGGAGAGAUUUAAAGAUUGGGAAUCUGACGGAACCGUUUCUUGCUCCAGCAAAACCUCAUGCGGCCCCUGAACCAACGGGGCCUAGCAGCCCAUCAUCACGUGGGACUAUGAGUGAAUCUUCGGGUGGGCCUGGAAGCCCACUUAACCAAAGUACGGGAGCUGUCAAUAGCACUCCACUUGGCAUGUCGAGCCUUCCAUGGAAGUAACAUUUGCACUAAAAGCUUCGCACAUAUUAUGUUAAUAUUGGCAUGGCUCUGAAAGGCCAUGUUGAUUACCUAUCACACUAUGUUGUAGUAUUACCAAUGUGUAAUUAAAGUUAUUUAGAUUAAACACCCACUUAACCGUCAUGUUUGACUGGCUGGAGAGUGACUAGUUGUAGAUUCCACAGGCUUGAGGUCUGAUAGUCUAGGUUAAAAAUUGGCUCUUGCACAGGCAUUUGGAGAGGAGUGAAUCAGAUUGUGUUUUAGGUGAAAAUAGUGCUUUGACUUGCUGUUGUUUUAACAUUUUUUAUUGGAAAUUUACUAAGGUAUUCUUGAGGUUUGACUUAAUUCUCAAAAUAUCCUUAUGGUC